AUGCUCGCUCUCGAGCAUUCUCGGCGUCAACAAUUCGACCCAGCAUUCGACUUCGAGCAAAGCAUUCAAGCGCCCUUCCCCAGUCUGACCAUGGAUACCUUCGACUCGACCGACCCCAUGAUCAACUUUCAUCCUCUCCCAUACUCGUUCUUUGACAACCCAUCCAUGUUUGCGACGGCUCCCAUGCAAUCACUCAAGCAAGAAAUGCCGCCAUUCCAAGACCUUCCGCCGGCUCUAAUUUCGUCGGGCUCGGCACCUUCAAUCCCCAGCGCGUCGUCCUCCACAGUCGGUUCUCCAUACUCGGGUCCCUCCCAUACCGUCUCAAGUCAGGACGGUUUCGACCGCACAGCUCCUCCAUUCGGUCUGGGUGUCAUGCCAGCUAUCGUCAAUCACGAAGCCUUUUCGCAUGACAUCCUAGGAACUUCCAUGGAAGCCGAGCUGUCGUUGGGGAGCCAUGAGAAGCUCCCCGACAGUUUUGUGGGUGAGUGUGCAGAUCUUUCCUCUUCUCGUUCGCGACCAUCGACUGGUGCCAUUUUCAAUGCCCAAUCCUUGCAGCCACAUCCAUCAUCUAUUAGUGCUUCGCCCGAGUCACUGUCCAUCCAUACUUUCUUUGAUCAAGGCGUGUCCACCGUGCCUUCAGUCGCUUCCCUCUCGGGGGUUUCCACUGGUACCCAGUCCCCUUCAUCCGAGCAAACUUUGGCAACACCGACCUUCAAGUCACCCACCACACCUGCUUCAGCAUGUUCCAAGCACUUUUCCGUUAUUUCUCCCGUCAACGCGAGGAGCUUCUCCCCAACCUUGCGCUCGCAGACGGCUCCCAUCUUCCACCCUCAUAUGCUCUCUCAUGACGCGCAUGUUGCACCGCAUCAACAUCAACAUCACACGAGCCGUUUUCAGUCUCAUUUUUUUGCCCAAAGCAGCGGCAACUUCAUGCCGCCGCUGGAAACAUCCUAUCCCUCUUUGAUCCACGCGUCCAGGCCGUAUGGCGAUACGGUCUUCGCUGACCACGGCGCUUUCGCACCCAGCUUACACUCCUUCACCACGACAUCACCUUCCGGCUCACCAGCACCAUCACCUCAGCCAUACAGCGUGUAUCCCCCCACGCAAUUUUCCGAACCCCUCACCAAUGCCAACUACUAUCAACAGCAGCAGUACAUGAGUCGACGACCUUCGCUGGCUUCCUAUGUCUCCGGGGGUUCCCAUCCAAGUCCGACCUCAGAAAUCGACGACGAUGGCCGGGACAAGAGCCGAUGCCCUCAUCGCGACUGCGGUAAAGUCUUCAAGGACCUGAAGGCUCAUAUGUUGACUCAUCAAGCCGAACGGCCAGAGAAGUGUCCGAUCCUGACUUGUGAGUACAAUCAGAAAGGGUUUGCUCGCAAGUACGACAAGAAUCGACACACCUUGACCCAUUAUAAAGGUACUAUGGUCUGCGGGUUCUGCCCCGGAUCAGGCUCUCCGGCCGAAAAGAGCUUCAACCGAGCCGACGUAUUUAAGCGCCACCUGACUUCUGUCCACGGAGUCGAGCAGACACCACCCAACAGCCGGAAGCGCAGUCCAUCUGCAAGCAACCGAAAGCUCUCCAGCUACUGUCAAGAUGCCACCGGCAAAUGUUCCACUUGUUCAGCCACCUUUAACAAUGCUCAAGACUUUUAUGAGCAUCUUGACGACUGUGUGCUGCGCGUUGUGCAACAAGAGGAGCCGUCCGAGGCGGUCAAUGUCCAACACCUCUCUCAAAUCAACAACGACAAGGACGUUCAAGAGACCUUGGACCGUCAUAUGAUCAAGACUGAGGAUGCUCCAACCAGCUUUGACGAUGAAGACGAGGAGGACGAGGAAGAUGAUGAGGACGAUGACGAGGAUGAUGACCCGUCGUUCAACAGUCGAUCCGGCAAAGGCAUGAUUAAAUCCAACAAAGCCCCUGCCUCGUCCCGUGCAAUCAUCGGUGGUGGCGUCUCCAAACCUGGCAAGUCAUCAAAGAAAGGUAUGACUUGGUCCAAAGGUGGAGUGGCUCUCGUCGGCAAGGGUCGCAAGAAGAGAAGACAUUACCCACCGUCCUGGGGCAUGGCUGCCGAGAAGAUGCGCAUGAAGAAGCGUGUGCUUUGUGUCUAUGACGGCCAGCGGCGCUUGUGGAAGGAUGACAUGAUGCUCCACAACGAAUUCGAGGUCCGGAUGACCCUGCCUGACGGCAAGAGCUACGUUACCGACCUCGAUGUCGAGACUCUCAAGCGAGCUGAAGCCUUCCACAACGCCACCCCUGAAGAGAAGGGUCCCUGGAUUCCGACGUCAGAGCAUGAGAGUCAAGGUUUCGACCUUAACGCGCUCAUGGCUUGA